CCGGGGCGGGACGCAGCUCGGUGACCGGCCGGCCGGCCGCGGCGGAGGAGGAGGCGGAGGCGGGGCCGGGGCGGCGGCGGCGGCGGGGCCGGCCCCCAGCCCGCCGCGGCCAUGGGGAACGGGCUGUCGGAGCCGGGCCCCGGGCUCCUGGGCGGCCUGCCGGCCUUCCAGUGCUUCCACAUCGUGAUCCUGGGCCUGGACUGCGCCGGCAAGACCACGGUGCUGUACCGGCUGCGCUUCGACGAGUUCGUGAACACGGUGCCCACCAAGGGCUUCAACGCCGAGAAGGUGCGCGUGACGCUGGGCAACGCCAAGACCGUGACCUUCCACUUCUGGGACGUGGGCGGCCAGGAGAAGCUGCGGCCGCUCUGGAAGUCGUACACGCGGCGCACGGACGGCAUCGUCUUCGUGGUGGACUCGGUGGACGUGGAGCGGCUGGACGAGGCCAAGACGGAGCUGCACCGCAUCACGCGGCUGGCCGAGAACCAGGGCGUGCCCGUGCUGCUGGUGGCCAACAAGCAGGACCUGCGCGACUCGCUGCCGCCGCCCGAGCUGGCACGCCUGCUGGCGCUGGGCGAGCUGGCCGCCUCCACGCCCUGGCACCUGCAGCCCAGCUGCGCCAUCAUCGGCGACGGGCUCCGCGAGGGGCUGGAGAAGCUGCACGAGAUGAUCCUCAAGCGCAGGAAGGCGCAGCGCCAGCAGCGCCGCAAGAGAUGAGGCCGGCCGGGACCCCGGCCCCGGACCCCCGCCCGGGACCCCCGCCCAAUAAAGCUGUGCACGCUGGCCCGCCGUCUGUCCGCCGCCGGGGAGGGCGGGCGGGGGGCUUUGGGGGCGCUCUGGC